AUGUCAAACACGUCAGACUUUACAUUCAAAAAGGAAGACCAUACGUUGGGCAACAUGCUCUGCGAGCACCUCAAGCAGCACCCCAAUGUUCUGAUGGCAGGCUACAAAGUAUCUCACCCUAACGUGCCCGAGUUCUUCCUACGCAUCCAGACGGACGGCAAGGUGACGCCCAAGGCAUGCUUACUGGACGCCUGCCGCACGAUCCUGCACAGCCUCGGCCAGAUCCGGACCGAGUUCACGCGAGAGUUUGAGCUCAGGCGGAUGGUUGCUGCCGGGGAGCAGCAACAGAACGGGGAGCAUGGUCAUGGACUCUAG